AUGCCGGAGCGGCGCAUUGUGCCGGCUCCCGCGGCGUCCGACAUCAGCGUUCUGCCCCUGGACGCCCUGCGCCAGAUCCUGCUGCGCCUCCAGGCGAAGGAGCUCUGCCGCCUCCGCCUGGUCUGCCGGCAGUGGCGGUCCCUCCUCUCCGACCCUUACUUCGCCGCGGCCCACGACGCGCGGCAUCAGGGGGUGCUCAUCAUCGCCGCCUACAACGACGACGCGGGGCGCGACGUGCUGGCGGAUAUCAUGGAUCUCUCCGGGCAAAUCGUCAAGAAGGUGCGCGGAAUGGAGGGCGAUAGGGCCGUGAGCGUGAGCCUUGACCACGUCUUCGUAAGGAAAAUCGACAACGGCUGCAGCAGCUACCGACUGUUCGACCCGAUGCUCGAAGAAUUGUAUUACUUACCAGACAAACUACUUGGUCCGGCUACUGGAGCUGUGUAUCGCAUACCGGACAACUUUGCAGAAGAGCACGUGGAACUCGCUUCGAGCUUGAUCGAGCCCAAGUAUCUGUUUGGACAGGUCGCUCGCACAGGGGAAUACAAGAUAUUUCGAAUGCUAUUCCAUUUUUCCAUUGGGAUCGGACGUCGGCAGAUGUUUGAGGUCUGCACACUCAACACCAAUAACAGUAGCAGCUGUGCAGGGUGGAGGAGAGCGGCGCCCCUUGAAGAAGCCAUCCAGAUGGGUAGGUUUACCAGUGUGGUAAUUAACGGGGUUGUCUACUGCCUAUGUUUUCAUGCACACCAUUCUAUCACCUUCGAUAACCAAGUUACUGAGAAAGAUUUGAUAUUUACAUUCGACCUUGAGACUGAGGCAUGGGGGCCGUCUAUCCGAGGCCCCCCGAUCACCUUUCCUGAUGAUGCUAAUCUGAUGUUCUACAACCUUGGUCUUCCUAAUGUAAGGCAACUGACAGUAGCCAACCUGAAUCGCUCCUUGGCUGUUGUGCAUGGCCCAGCUCCGAAAGUUGACAUUUGGAUUCUACUGGACUUUGCUAAGGGUCUCUGGGUCAAAAUCUACAGCAUACAGUUUGAUAAAUAUGCCAUUCUUGAGCCCGUGCAUCCCUUGUUUGUGUUUGGCGACGGGAGGAUAAUCCUAUAUAAACAAUACCAUGACUAUUUACAGAUUUAUGAUCCAAGAACCAACACACUUACUAAUACAGUGGAGUCAAAGCAUUUCUCUGCAGUUGCUAGGUACGCAGGAAACCUAUUGAGCUUAAAGUGCUGA